AUGUCUGACCUCGCGGAUUUGGCAUCCAAGCUCUUCAAUGCAAACCUGGACUUCCAGCCCAAGAUUGUCCCCACUGGGAAACGUGUUCGGGGAAUCCUAAAUGGCAAAUUCAUCUUCGAUACCACCGAGGCCAAACUUGUCUGGGAGCACAAAUACUUCCCGCAAUAUUGGAUCCCCCGAUCUGACUUCCUCGACACCGCAACCUUCACAGAUAAUAAGCCCCUGUCGGGCAUCCAGUCUUCCACAUCGCAAUUGAGCGUGGGCGAAAAAUCCGUCCCGACACUCCUUGUUCCGGACUCGUCCAACUCGGACCUCGCGGGCUUAGUGAAGAUCGACUUUAAGGCCCUUGACGCCUGGUACGAAGAACAGUCCCAGAUUUGCUAUCAUCCGAAAGACCCAUUCCACCGCGUCGAUAUCCUGCCCACCGGUCGCCACGUGCGCGUUGAAAUCGACGGCGUGUGCAUCGCUGACACAAGCAAGGAAGGUGGCGUCAUGUCCUUGUGGGAAACCGGUUUUCCAGCUCGCUGGUACUUGCCGCGUACUGCUGUGAAAUGGGAAUACCUGACGCCCAGCGAGACGCAUACAGGUUGCCCGUACAAGGGUGAGGCAAGCUACUAUAACGCCGUGGUGAAUGGGAAGGAGUAUAAGGAUGUUGUGUGGUGGUAUAAGAAUCCCAUCGUGGAGAGUACAUUGAUCAUGGGCAUGUUGUGCUUCUACCCCGACAAGGUUGAUACGUGGGUGGAUGGGAAAGCGAUUGAGAAGAUUGGCAUGCCGAAUAUGAAGAAGGUUUGA